AUGACGUCUCCGUGGAAAAGCCUAACCUGUGGGGUUUGGAGACCCUCCAGACUGACCAGUCAGCGGGUUUCCCCGAGUUCUGGGAGCCGUCCCGGCGAGUUCUCCAGCCUGAGGACGGAACGGGGGUCCCGGGUUUGCAGGCCGGCGCUGAGCAGCAGAGGUAACACGCUGGGACUGGCGGUGGGGCCGCCCUGCGGGGCCGAGCCCUUCACCCGUGGGUCUGCGCUGACCCCCGGCAGUUCUCUGGGGAAGCGGGUGAUGUUCAGUCGCUUUCUGCACGCGGGCGGACCUCUGCGGACCCCCCCGCCCGCGCGCCCGCCUGCCGGCCUCCGGGAAGCGCGCUCCGCUGCAGCUGCGCGGGGCGCUGUGAGGGUCCGGGGUCGGGUGGCGCGGUCUCACGGCGGCGGGCACGCGCCCUCGCCGGCCGGCGUUUCCCCGCCCCCACCCCGCUCCCCCGACCCCCUCCUCCCUGGCCCUGCUCCCGUGUCUCUCCCUGCGCCGCUCCCCGCAGCCUUGCCUAGCCGUCCUGUCUGA